CCACAACGAAAUUUAACUACGCACGACUCGGGACGACUUUCGGAAAGGAGCGUCCAGAAACCAGUCUCUGACUCCCUCUACCUCGUGGAUUUAUCGAUCCGACUGAUUAACGCGACGCGCGCGGUAUCCAGUGUCGAUUGCCUUGAAGGGACUUGCUACGAGCUUGAAGAUGCUGAAGAAAUUGUUGAUCCUGACGACCGCGAUGGUCCUCGUCAGUGGGCAGAACAUCGACGAAUGCCUGAAGCAGGACAGCAUAUCCUGCGUGCAGAAGACCCUCUACAGGACCGCCAAGGAGCUGUUCGCCAAGGAUAAACUGGAGCUCGUGAGCGGGAUCAGUCUGGUGAAGAGCAACACCGACGCCAGGAGUUCCCGGUCUAGCAAGGAACUCGUCUACGAUCAGGAGAUGGACGCCGCCAAUGACAUCGUCGACAGGCAGAACACCCUCGAGAACUUUAUCAGCGACGAAGCCGGAGAGUUCCUGACCGGUCGCAGCCUUAGGAUCAACCUUGCGCCCGCGUUCGAGAAGUUCCGCGAGUCGGCUCGCGCCAUCAGCGAGUCUAUGCCAUCGGAGAUUCGUCAGGCCGUUGAUGAGGUUGUUGAAGGCCGAGGCAAGAAGAAAGGGGGUAUCAAGGGACUGUUGCCCCUGCUGAUCGCCGCGAAAGUGAAGCUCGGCGUCUUGGCAACCCUCGCGUACUUCGCCAUCGGUCUUAUGGCCAAGAAAGCGAUAUUAGCGUCCCUCAUCUCUCUCGCCAUCUCUGCCUUCGUCGGCAUGAAGUCGCUCUGGCAAGGGGGUAGCAAGAGCGUCUAUCAUCACGACGUCACCUCUUAUAACAACGGUUGGGCCGGCGGUUCCGCUGGAUGGUCUGGCGGCGUCGGCGGUGGAUGGUCCGCUCCCGUUUCCAGCGGUGGAUGGUCCAAUGGCGGUUCCGCGGGUUGGGAGGAUCCUCAUGCCUACUCGCACAGCCAGGCCUACUCAGGAUAUCAUCACUGAUCGAUGCUGAUCGUUGAUGAUUGAUCGUUCUGUCCUAUUUUCCUCUUCUUUUUCUUCUUCUUCUUCUUCUUCGUUAAAGAAUGGGCGAUGAGAAGCCGGGUGUCUCCAGGCUUCCCGUUGGCCCUUCGUUGUUCGUGGACAUAUUUAUUCUUAUUUAUCAUUAAAUAGUGAAUACACGGGGCGCCCGGCCCUCUCGCGCGGUGUACAUAAGGCGUAUAUUACACACGCUCGCUCGCGUGCGCGCCCGCGAAAUCAACCGAUCAAGCGGGUGAGAGCAAUGGUAAUCGAAUCAAACUGAGAGGCUAGUCGCAACGUCGUUCGACAACGGAGUCGUAACUUGCAAAAUCACGGCCUUGCUAUCCGUAUGCGGAUAGCGCGUACUGUUACUUCACCCGACCACCAGUUGACGAAUCUACACAGUUACAUCUAGUCCAAUACGAUGUAUAUGAAACGCAAUAAGCUACAUUAUCCCCACGAAUCUGUGCGCUUUGUAAUAUGCAUGUUUAUUAAUAUAAUAUUAUUUGUACAAAA